AUGGCCGACCGAUUCCCAUCUCUCGAGGACUUUGAUUCGGGGGCGCAAACCGAUAUCAAGGACCCAUCCGCCGAUCCCUCGACUGAUGACUUCCUCGCCCGCGAGAAGGCUCUUCUCGGAGACGAUGCUGACCAGUUUGCGACCAACGAUGACGCUGCUGCCUUUGUCGAUGCCGAAGGCGAUCUCCUCGGUUCCGGCGGCAAUGAGCAGUCAACAUUUGAGUCUCAGUUCCCUGACUUGACUCAGCCUGAUGCGGGUACUGGACUUACGCCCGGCGGAACCGCUGUCACUGGACCUUCUGUCAGCUACAACUCGGGAUACCAGGCUUACGCUGAGGAAGAGGAGGAGCCCGAGGUUAUCAAGGAGUGGCGCGAACGACGGGAUGCCCAGAUUGCGAAGCGCGUCGAACAAUUUGCCGCCCAACGAGAGGAGACAAUCAAGGAGGCCCAGCAAAACAUCGACGACUUCUAUGACAACUAUAACAACAAGAAGGAGAAGGGAAUCGCCCAGACACGAAAGGAGGCCGAGGAGUUCCUGGCCAACCAGGAGGACACCGUUUCUGGCGGCACCAGCUGGGACCGUAUCGCCAAGCUGGUGGAUGUCAGCGGCAAGGGCACCAAGGGUGGUGCCUCUGGAUCCGGCAAGGAGCGCUUCCGUGAGCUGCUCGUGAGCCUGCGCAAGGACGAGAAGGCGCCUGGCGCCACGGGCUACUAG